AUGAAUCAGUUUAACAAUAGUCUUCUUGAUCUUCAUACUGAAGUAUUACUUAUCAUUUUGAAAAAGCUUGAGAACAUGGAUGUUCUUUAUUCAUUAUUUGAUGUUAAUAAUCAACGACUUGACACCAUAGUACAAGAAAACACUUUAGCUAAUACUCUCAAUUUUGUAUUAACAACAUUAACUGAUGAUAUUUUAUCAAUUUAUGAUCCAAUUCUUCAUCGAUUCUGGAUGAAUAUGUUGCCAAGAAUUCAUUGUAAUGUUAAAUCUCUUACUUGUAAUUCGUUUUCUAUGGAACGUAUUCUUCUUGCUGGUGAUUAUUCUAAUUUAAGCGAACUUAAAAUCUUCAGUUUUAAUGUUAAAAUUGCUUCACGUUAUUUUUCAGUUAAAUCACCAUUUCGGCAAUUUCUUCAACAUCAGAUUACAGAUCUUAUUCUUGAGGGCGUCGAUUUUACAGAAGGUACGAUGACACCAAAAACGAUUAUUUCAUCGAAUAAGGAAGCUCUUAUACAACGAUGGCAACAUCAACUUAUCGGUCGUACACAUAUAAGUUUCGUAGAAUUUAUGCAACUUCUUCAACAACGUCUAUUGUUGGAGACGCUCUUUUGCUUGUUCGAUCGUGAUUCGAGCGGGCUACUCUCUGAAUCUGAAUGGAUUGGAUCUAUAUACAAAGUUGCCGAGAUAUCCAAUCGUACAAAAGACGUUCGAACACUCGAACCAUUCAUACGUGCUUUUAACCAUAUUUCACACGGAUGUGAUUCACUUUCUAUACAUGAAUUUUGUAUGUUAUUUGACGAUACAUUUUUUCGACGUGAAUUCGCUUUAUUGUUUAUUAGUGAAACAACCUUGUUAGGUGUAAUGGAAUUUACUGAUGUACUUCAUUCUGUUUCUAAUCUUAAAUCCGAUACGAAGUGGCUAUCGUGGCUUGCUUAUCAAUUUCAUAUGGCAGUCAGUAAACGUCGUAAUACAGCCAAUCAUAGAUAUCAAAUAGAAGAUAGUAUGGAUCUUGAAACAUUUAAAAGUAGUUUUCAUUUCAAAGUUCCAGAAUUAGCUGAUUGUUUAUUUAAUUAUCUCGAUACGGAUAAAUCUGGUCAAUUGACAUUAGAAAAAUUCAUUCGAAAUUUAGAAUUUCUUACUGAAGCAAAUGAUAAUGAAAAAGUUGAAUUUCUUUUCAAAAUUUUUGAUCGUGAUGGUGAUGGAACUAUUGAUUUUGAUGAAAUGAAAUUAUUAUUUCGUUGUUUUCUUGAACAAUCUCCUUCACUUGAUAUGGAAGAAACGCUAGCAGAAUUAACUGCUACUCUAUUUCAAGCAACUGAUGUUGAUCAAUCAGGUGAUAUUAGUUUUGAUGAAUUAUCAAACGCUCUUCGACGAAAUGAGCACUUAUUUAAAGUACUUUCACUCAGUACAAGCAGCUGGAUUCGACCAAAAUCUACAUCGAUAAGUAAAUGUCAAAGACAUUCAUCAACAUUACGUGCUUGGAUACGAAAUAAUAUUGAUUUAAUUUUCUUUUGGUCACUAUAUUCAUUUAUAUGUACCUGCAUUUGUGUUGAUGUACUACAUUUUUAUGUUGGUCAACAGCAUGCUCAUUUUUUCAUUGUAAUCGCUCGACUGAAUGGUGGUAUGCUUAAUUUUAAUUGCGCAUUAAUGCUUGUAUUGAUGCUUCGCAAACAUAUAACAUGGAUACGAUCAAAAGGUGGUAGUGUUCUUCUUCCACUUGAUCAUCAUAUUGAUAUACAUAAAACUAUUGGAAUUAUUAUUAUGAUUGAAACCUUUUUACAUACAGCUGCACAUUUAGCUUAUUUAGCUUAUGUAUUUUAUGUUUGUUCAUUACCACAGGAUGUUGGUUUUUCGUGUCCGAGCGAUGUUGGCAUAAAUCAAACACUAAAAAGUCAAAUCUUAUUCACCAAACGAUAUCGAUUUGAUUCGACAAUAAAUCAAUGUGUUCCAUUUGAAUAUUUUGGAUGCGGUGGUAAUUGGAAUCAGUUUUAUAAUCAAGAUUCAUGCACACUUCGUUGUAAAGCAUAUCGUAAUACAAAUCAUCAUUAUUUUGAUGCAAUUUUUACAGCUAAAUUAGGACUUGGCUAUAUUACAGGAAUACUUGAAUUAUUAUUAGGUGCACUUAUUUAUACAAUGUGUUUGCCAUUCGUUCGAAAAAAAGGUCAUUUCCAGUUAUUUUAUUGGUGCCAUAUGUUAACACUUCCAUGGUUAGUUAUUAUGCUUCUGCAUGGACCACGGUUUUGGAAAUGGUUAUUAGUUCCUGGUCUUUUGUACAUGAUUGAAAAAACUUUACGUUAUCGUAAAUCACGUUCAAAUAAUCAUGGUGAAACUUUUGUUAUGGAAGCUAUUCUAUUACCAUCCCAAGUCAUUCAUUUAGUCAUCAAUCGACCAAGAAAAUUUACUUAUAAACCAGGCGAUUAUAUUUAUAUCAAUAUUCCAGCAGUUGCUAAUUUUGAAUGGCAUCCGUUCAGUAUAAGCAGUGCUCCGGAACACAAAGAAAGUCUGUGGCUUCAUGUUCAUGCAAGUGGACAUUGGACUCGACGUGCAUAUGAAUUAUUUCGAAUGAAAUUAGUAGAAAAACAUGGCGGUAUGUUAAAUGAUUUUAAUGAUUUACGUCUCCGUUCAUCAAUGCGUUCACGUAUGUCAAAGAGUUAUAUUGAUGAAUUACGUGGUAUACAUCAACAAGAAAGUCAUUCUCAAAUUGAUCUUAAUAAUAAUAGUAAUAAUCAUGAUAAUGACAAUGAUACUUGCAAUCGUUCAUCUGCUUCUUCAACAUCACAAAUUCAUUCUAUUCAAGCGAAAAGAACGAUUUCAAAAUCAUGUCCAACAUCAAAAGAUCAUAGCAAAAUAAAAUGUUCAUCAUGUAAAUCAACAUUAAGGUUACUUGAUAUACAAGUAAAAUCGAUUGAUAAAAAUCAUCACACAGUUACGCAAACAAAUCGAUCAAAUAUGCCUAAAAUUGAUAAAUCGAUUCUAAUGAAUCCAAAUAAAUUAGAAAAUAUGAUAGUUGAAGACAUUGAACAAUUACCCGAGAAAAAUCAUGAUAUUAUACAAACUGAACAACAAACAAAAUCAAUAACAAUAAUUACACCAACCAUUAAAAACAAUAAUAAUAAUAAUAAUGAUAAUCAUAUUAAUAGUCGAUUAACGGCACCAAUUAAUAGUGACUAUUGUAUAAGAAUGCCAAAUACAUCGACGAUGUAUCGUCAACAACAACAAAUAGAAUUGAAAGAAACACGUUCAUCGGAUGCACUUGGUUAUUUACGUAUGUAUAAAAAUCACAAUCGAAUACAAUUUAAUUCACUUCAAUUUAAUGAUCGAGAAGAUUUACAAAUCUUAAUUGAUGGUCCAUAUGGUGCACCAUCUCAACAUAUAUUUGAAGCCGAGCAUGCUGUUUUAAUAGCUGCUGGUAUUGGUAUAACACCAUUUGCAUCGAUUCUGCAAAGUAUAAUGUGUCGCUAUCGAAAUCGUCGACAUAAAUGUCCUAAUUGUGAAUAUAUUUGGGAUAAUCCUGAGAGCGAAGAACUUUGCAUAAAAAAAGUCGAUUUUAUUUGGGUAACACGUGAACAACGUUCACUUGAAUGGUUCAUUAGUUUAUUAGCACAAAUGGAAAUAGAACAGCAACGUUUAAGACAAAUUUCUGAUAAAGGUUCUCUACUUGAAUUUCAUUUAUAUGUAACAAGUGCACAAUCACAAGCAGAUUUAAAAGCAUUGAAUAUUUAUUUAUCACUUGAUUUAAUUGGAAGAGAAAAUUCUACCAAUUGUGAUGCUAUUGAUGGACUUCGACAACGUACAAAACAUGGUCGACCAGAUUGGGAUCAAGUAUUUACUGAACUUGUAUGUCAAAAAAAAGGCAAAAUAUCUGUGUUCUAUUGUGGACCACCGUCAUUAUCAGCUGAAUUAACAAGAAAAUGUCGUCAAUAUGGAUUUGCUUACAAAAAAGAAUUAUUUUAA